CUAUCUCGCUCUCUCUCUCUCUCUCUCUGUCCAUGUUUCCGGUGUGGCGGAAGAUCGUCGACCGAUAGUGGGAGGCGAGCCGGGUGAUUGUUGUACUAAGCAACAUGUUAUUGAAAGAGGUGGCGCGUGCCGUUGCUCAUCUCGUACCUAUCUAUGCGAACCGCCUGUGAACCGUGAUUGAAGCUCCCGGCAGUGGCAGCACAAAAUUAGCACAACAUAGUGCUCCAUAUCGGGUGCCUCGUUUCAUUGUGCCGUGGUGGAAAUGAACGGAACAACCCGGUGUGCCCGGGACCAGAAGCGCACCGGUGCAAUAAUGAAAGCAUGAAAUCGGUACAAAUAAUCAGCAAUGAGGUGGGCCUAGAAUAGGAAAGAAUCCGUCCCCCGGUACAACCGAGUGACCUCGAUUGCUGUGCAAAAGUUUUGUGCACAAGAACAAGAAUGCCAUGUGCAACGGUGUGACUGUGUGGCAUGACAGGCUGUCGUGGCGAAAUGAAACGGGCAACCGGUGGAGACUGCCCAAGAUAUUGCAUUCUUCACAGCUUACAUCUUUAAAUAUUCACACCCGCCAAAGCGUCCAUACCCGUCGUAUGUGCAAAUAAUGUAGAAUACAGUGUGUACUAGUGUGUGUGUGAGCAUAGUGGGAAAGCAAAGAAAAGGCAGAGAAAGUGUAUUUCCCGUUUUGCAAUCAACAUUUUAAUGUCCACUCCAAAAAACCAAUGCACCCGCGCGGGCGAAAUGUGGGCUGAGUUGAGGGCAUGCAUUUGUUUCGGUGCAUUACGCGGAUGAAUAAAACGCUGCUCGCCACAGUUCACGCAUCAGCGAGCCGACCGGGUGGCCGGGUUGAGUGUUAAAGGGGUUUUGAUGGGUGGAUGGUGAGAACGAUUUUCCUACGAUGGCUGGCCGGUGGUGCAGAUGCAGCUGAGGCCCGUUUGCUGAGGCGUCCCCCGCGCGCACUACCUUCACGAUUCGCGAACGACAAUGCAACGGCGAACGGCGAUUCGUAAGGACACGCGAGUGAAGUGGUUUUCGCCCCGCACAAUGGACGCGUCGCGGUGCAUUUUGCAAUAAGUGCAGCGAGUGGUGCGAUGGUGCUGCAGCCAACCAAAGUGGUAGUGACUCAUCCCUUGCUGGCUUUGUGCGCAGUGUGAGUGAAGUUUUUCGAGGGUGCGAAAUAAAGCGAAGAAGGCGAUACAAAUACACACAAAAAAAGUACAGGGAUUAAGGACCGAUUUUACCGUGGCGCAUUAGCGGGUGAAUUGUGCUCAAGAAGGCGAUACGGACGGCAUUCCAGUGCAAGUCCACCGAACGAACGCAACCAGGCAAACGCUCGCCACCGGAACCGAAUGCACCACGGCAAGCAGUGAGGGCCGCAGCGAUGGGAUACAUAAAUCUGCUCGAGCUAAAGCUUUUGUUAAAUAUAUCAUUAGUCGUGCUGCUGGUAAACGGACAUGGCACUCAGACGGAGGCACAGCCGGAGUUUUUGGCACCGCUGGACAAUCUUACGGUGACGCAGGGCCGUGACGUAUCGUUCACUUGCGUCGUUAACAAUCUUGGACAAUACAGGGUUGCGUGGAUAAAGUCCGACUCGAAAGCGAUUCUCGCCAUCCAUACCCACAUGGUUGCCCUAAACCCACGGCUCUCCGUCACCCACAACGGGCACAACACGUGGAAGCUGCACAUAUCGCACGUGCAGCUGAACGACUCCGGCAGCUACAUGUGCCAGGUGAACACGGACCCGAUGCGGCAUCAGUCGGGCAACCUGGACGUCGUCGUGCCGCCGGACAUACUGAACGAAAACGAACCCAACACGCUCGAGGGCGGGGUGGCCAACGAGGGUGGCAACGUGCAGCUGGUGUGCCAGGCGACGGGCGUACCCGAGCCGGCCGUACAGUGGCGGCGCGAGAAUGGCAAGGAUAUUGUCGUGCGGACCGAGGGCCGAGAAAAGCAAGUCGUAAAGUUUGUCGAGGGCGAACGACUCGUCCUGAAUCAGGUGCAACGGACCGACAUGGGAGGAUAUCUCUGCAUAGCAUCGAACGGUGUGCCGCCCUCCGUCAGCAAACGGUUCGAUGUGCAAGUAAACUUUGCACCGAACGUGAAAGCGGGAAAUCAGCUAGUGGCAGCACCGGUGGAAAGCCAUGUAAUGUUACAGUGCAUCGUGGAAGCUUUCCCUACCCCAUUGAACGGUUGGCAUAAGCACGAGGGUAUGAAGCUGUACGAGGGCGAAAAGUACACGAUCAGCGAGGAAAAGCUGAACGCGUACACCUGGCAGCUGAACUUGACCGUAAAAAAUCUGCACAAGGGUGACUUUGGACCGUACAUCUGCUCAAGCAUCAACGCGCUGGGGAAAUCGGACGCUAGGAUACGUUUGCAAGAACUUCACCUGCCACCGAAACCCACCACAACACCAACGCCUUACGUACCGUCGACAGUGAAGCAACCGCGUCGAAAGCAACACUACUCGACGCACGGUAAGGGCCACGAUGCGAGCAAGGGAGCGAACACCUUCAACCGGGACACCUACAUCAUCAACCACAUACAGGAGAACGACUAUCUGGGAAGUCUGAUAGUGCACGAAGGUAAUGGCGGACAUGGGCUGGUCGGCAUGAACGGUGCAACCAUGGGCACCGGCAACGGGCUGGGCGGUCCGGGCGGUACCAACGGUGGGUUGGAGAAGCCACGCAACACACAGAUGCCGGUACCGAUCCCAUCGCGCCAACCGAACGGUUUUCCGCGCGACAAAUCCCACGCGAUGGACAUCUUCAGCCACAGGCGCACGGUGGCGUUCGUUAGUUGUUGUUUGCUAAUGAUUUAUAGUCUGUUGAUGCUGCUGACGUUUACAUGAAGCCUGCGUUUUGUGGAAGCACCAUCCAGCCGGUCAGUGCGCGGCCCAAAAAUGGCCGCCCUCGCGUAUGUGCGUAUGUGUGUGUAAAUUGCCGAUAAGUAUGGACGAAAUUAGCCACAAGCAUCGUACGCUCGAGUAGAGCCCUCCCUAUGAUCAAUCCCAUUAUGGGAUGCACGUGUCCCGGGCAUGCGAGGCCAGGCGAAUCAACCUAAAAACAAUAACACGCACACACACACACACGGACUUGAAGUGACAACCGAAGGAGCGACACCGAUGCGAUGCAGAUUUUGAAGCAUUUCGAUCGUUUUCUGUGCGGCGCAGUGUGAUGUGGGUUGUGCGAUUAGCGCUAAUUAAAACAGCUGUUAAAUAAAACUACUUACAAUCAUUUACACACAGCCAGUGACAGCAGCGUCGAGGGGAGUAGUCGCAGAGUUCAUCCCAUCAGGUACGUGCGUACAUAUUUGAGUGUGUGUGCGUGUUUGAAAAACAGAGAAGAGGCAGCUGAAUGUGGAAAAAAAAACAAGUUUGUUACAAUUAUAAGUGCACUUUGUAAUAAAUGAAAACAUAAUUAAAAAUUAAUAAAAAAACAAAGAAAAAAAACAAAAGCAAAAAAGACAAAACAAAACAAGAUGAAAGAUGAGCCUAACUAAGAUGGACAGAGUGGCGAGAGCAGUGCAUUGAUCGCGUAGCAAAAUGUGUCGUUUAGCCGGUGGUGUCAUAGAACUUUAUAACGUGUCAAAGUGAAUAGUUUAAUCAUGCAUGAAAGAGCUUGUACAAAACAAAAUGGCGGGAAGGAAGUAAGGAACACUUAAGCAUCCAAACCGUGUUAGUUACUGUGUACAUAAUGUUACAAAUGGAAGAGAUUGAUUUUCGGUAUCAUUCAGCUGUUUUUAUUAACUUCUUUGAUUUUCUUCUCUAUUUUGUUGACAUUAUUUUUUGUUUUCUCAUAUUACUAUGAUACAGAAUUCUAUUUUUUACUUAUUUAAAAUGUAUUAUUAAUGCUUCUUGCUAAAUGUUUUCAAUGUGUUUGAUGAACGCUUAUUAAUACAUUGGAGGUCCUUCAAUUCCUUUUUUUCUCAAGGACACAUCUUUAAAUUCUGAACCCCUAAAAUAACGUACCAAUACUCUCCCAUUGCCCAUAAUUUAUAUUCGAAAGUCAAUAUAUUCCACCUCACCCCCGGCAUAUUCCUCAACACAGGAGGCCUGCUACGGGCGCUAGGCUUUACCAGCCUUCGUGUAACACGAGCAUAAAAGUCGGCGUAGUCGACGGGUAACGAGAACCCAAAACCGCACAACCGUUACUACCGGGGUUCGAUAAUGAAGAUGAGCCUUUUGACGUGUUCAUAUACAGACACGCACCCGCAAGGAUGUUGCAACGCACCGGAAUGAUGAUGGGCGCGCUAUGUAAUCCAAGGACUCUCUCAUCCCACGGCGACCAACACACUGUGGCGGAUGAGGUUGAGAUCUUAAUAUUCUCGCCUGUCGCGCCAUGGUUUACGAUAUAAUUUUAAUUAAUGUUUAUGCAUCAGCUUUCGCCCAUUGAUCCUAGGGAGCAGGUGGAGCAUGUGAGCCGAUGGAAUAUGCGUGAUUGUCGUUGGUUAAAAGUGACACACCAAGCGGUUAAUAAGUGAGCUGUUGCAAGGUUUUGUAUUCGUUCAGGUGCGAGCAAAUGGUUGAGAUAAAAUUAGGAUAAUGCUACAAACCUUAAUGCUAUCCCCUUUCAAGAGUUAAUAAUAUAGAAUGUUCUCGUGAGCAUUCUUCCACACACACACACGCAAAACCGUUCCUUGUAGGCUGGUGCUUUUCCAUCUUCCACAAAAACCCUUCGUCAUGCCAACGGACGCCGUCAGGUUGUCAAAUAAUUUUGGGUGAAGUUAUUUUAGAACUUAUUAAAACUCAAUUAAUUCCUUGACAGGGUUCACCUGCUCACCGGGCGAGUUCGGUGAGUUCUACGUGGCUCACAGCAUCUUUGCACGCUCAUUUGCCGUAAAACUCUUGCCCAAGAAUCCUUUUUCCCCGUGUGCCGGGUUCGUAAAAACCCUUUCAAACCAUCAUCACAUGUGCCGCCCAUUUUCCCAUUAAAAGCACAUUAAGUUAAACCUGUCGGUCGGUGGAGAAACGAGACGAACCGGUGGUAGUAAAUUUAUUUCACGCAUCAUAAAUAUCCCCGUACCCUUUAACAUGUUUUUAACUUCGAUCUACUAGGAGCUCUUUUUUUUUGUUCCUGGGAUGGAAAAUUUAAGAACUUUUUUGUUAAUUAAGUUGAUAAUUUCAAUUAAGUUAUCCAACUGCUCGUUUGAACAUCUCCUAGUAAUGGUACCUCAACCAAUCUCUUCCAAACUAUAUUAAAGCUGAUCGUGGACACCUUAUCCCGGUUUAUGUAAACCAACUGAAGAAAAAAAAACAGGAAAACAAAGCAGAUAAUUAGAAGUAAAUUAUUAUUACCAAUAAAACAAACCCACUUAUUCAACAUUCAGCUAAGCUCAGGCUAAGUGGCGAAGUGAAUAAGAUAUACAGAAGAUCAUACAAAACUGUUGAUGUCUUCCGCGAACAAAAAAAGAAAAGUAAAGAAAAGAAUCAUCUUGAAACUGAACAGCAAAAGUUUAAACAACAAACAUAUAAAAAUAGUACAUAUAAAAACACACACACAGACCGCCGCCGUAAACUGAUGUAGCUAAAGUUUGUUAAAAAAAAACAUCCCAGUUUAAUCCCCAGCGGACAUAACGGAGAGGUAUGUGGAGUUUGAUGCUGUUUUUUUUCAGCCACAUAUAUCUAGAGUCAUUGUUCCAACAGUUUAGUUUUUGUUUUGUGAGAGUAAGAACACAAUAAAAAGGAACGACUGCAUACCAAGUUAAAACUAAACUUGAAUAAAAUUCAGUACUGGUAAAGAGCAAUGCGAAGGCGAGCCAAGCACGACGAAACACUUUAAGGGAAAAUCGUUGCAAAACACUACAGAAAACAAAAAACUAACUAAAAAUUGUAACUUUAUCAUAGUUUAACUGUACAUAUAGAUGCAACGCGCAUACACUGGUUAAAGGUUAGCAUGAAGGAGACGAUUGCCCAUGUAAAGGUGUGGCACUCUCGCUCACGGAAAAGAUAUGUAUUACAAGACGGUGAGCCAUGUUUUACACAAAAAUGUUUUUUAUAUAUGCCGCGCCAGUACGUCAAUGUUGCAAACAAUAGCUACCAUUUGUUGGUUUUCUUUAUUUAUCUAUUGUAUUGUAUUGUUUUCCUAUUGUACAGUUCAAUUUGGCAUAGCUAGAGUAGAGGGGAAAGGUGAGCAGGACGUACACAAAAUGCAACAAUCAUCAAUACGCUUAACCAGCAUAAGCAACAGAAAACAUCAAUUGUCGUGUACUCAAAAGCACAAACACAUACACACACGCAAAACCUUGCUUUUUAUUUGAUUUUGUUAACAAAUGUUAACCUGUAAUCAUCUUAUCCACUUUAAACUCGCGCUAAGAGCUAACUAACCGAUAAAAAAAAACACAUAAAGUUUGCUAUAAUGAAAUGAAUGUAUCGGGCAGUGAAAAUCCAGCAAAGCGUCAUGUGGUAUGAUUUAAAUUUCCUAAAAAACUAGGAAAAAAAAGGAGCGUGGAACGAGAAUCUUAAACUAACGCAGAUGAGACACGAUAUCAAGUAAAAAUCAAAGCAUAUGUUAAAAUCUUAUCUAAACAACAAUUUACGAUCCUUCUCACGUAAAAAAAAGGACAGUGGAAGAGCAGUGUGGAGCGGAGCGAAGAAAAAACAUAUGAACACACACACGCAUACACAAAUCUACAAAAUACUACAUACCAACAAAUACAAAUACAAACAUAAGGAGGGGGGAUGAAACAUAGCACAAAAGCAAAUCAAAACAAAACUGAAGUAAGUUCAACGGUACGGAACGAUACGGGAACGAAACGCGCACACACACACACACAAACACAUUCAUACAUAGUAAAUCUAUCUACCAUCUCCAUUGAGUAAUAAAAUAACAAGACAAUAAAUAAUUUAAAGCUAGCAUUAGCCAGGUACCGAGCGAACGGGGAAGGAACGGCAAAAUGGCAACCAGCCAUGGCUCGUUGCCGCGAAAUGAGCCAACGGAUGGGAAGGGUGAUGGUGGCGUGACAGUGCAAAGCGCAAAACAGAGAUAGUUAAAUGAAAGUACUUACUAAACGAUCUAUAUAUAUACAAGCAUAUAUAUAUAGCCUACCGAUGAAAUAAAAACAAAUAUUCAUAAGAAAAUGUAAACUA